AUGGGGGGCAGGGGGUGGUUGGACUGUGGGCUGUGCAGCAGAGCGAGGCCCACUCUGAAGUGUGGAGCUCCUCUCUCUCUUUCUUCACUCUAUGCUUUCUCCUGGGACCCCCCACCUCCGCCUCCUCGGCCCCGCACACACUCCCUUCCCCCCGCCUCUCGCUCCGUCCGCCUGCCUGCCGUCUCUCCUUCCCGGGGGGCCGAGCCAAUGCUGCCGGCGCAGCCGUGA